UUUUUAUUGUUUUCAGUAUUGUUAUGCUACAUUUGUCUGACUUAAUGGACAUGAGUUCCAAUCACAACAACAGCAGUGUCCAUAUGCAUACACUGUUUGAUUGUGUUUACCUUCAAUUGUAUAGCUUCCAGUCCCAAAAGGUGGACAGGCUAAUAACAACAAUGGAUACACCAUACACACUGAGAGCAACACAUUUGAAGGAUCUUUAUGAAACCAUUACUAUGAAGACACUAGCCAAAAAUGAGAGACUUGAUAUCCUGUUAACAUUGAAAGCCACUGUUAGGGAGCAUAACUGUAAGCUAACAAGAGAGAUAGUUGAACUGGUUGAUAGAGAAGCUGAUUUGUUAGUGAGGGACACCAAACCAUCAGCUCUUAUGGGUUUGAGGAAAAGAAUUGCUACCUUAUUCCAACUACACCUCUACUACAACCUAAAGAAAGAAUCAUUGUAG